UUUAUCGGCCCCUGGGGCGCAGCAGCGCGGAGCUGCCGCGGGGGGGCGCGGCAGGCGGGAGGGCGGGCGGUGCCUUCCCCCGCCCCGUCCGCCCCGUCUGCCCCGUCCCGGCUGGUAGCGGCCGCCGCCCGGCGGAGCAGUGCGCAGCAGGUGCCUGUGGGACACGCAGGGAGCCGGCAUGGCGCAGCCCAGCGCACCCCCUGCCUAUGAUGACAAGAACCCUCUGUACCCCCCACCCCCGGCCGGGUACCCCCAGCCCCCCCACUAUGGGGGGUACCCCCAGCCCGGGGGUUACCACCCGCAGCCUGGGGGAUACCCCACAGCAGGGGGAUACUCACAACCAGGGGGGUACCCCCAGCCAGGGAUGGCCAUGCCCACCAUGCCUAUGCGGUUUGGUGACAAUGGCAUGGGGGAUGGCUCCCCAUUCCAAUCGGCCGACUGGGAUGACAGGAAAGUCCGGCACACCUUCAUCCGCAAGGUCUAUGCCAUCAUCUCCCUGCAGCUCCUGGUGACGGUGGGGAUCAUCGCCGUGUUCACCUUUGUCCACCCUGUCCGCUCCUUCGUCCAGAGGAACGUCGCCAUCUACUAUGCCUCAUAUGCUGUGUUCCUGGUGACCUACCUGGUGCUCGCCUGCUGCCAGGGUCCCCGGAGACGCUUUCCCUGGAACAUCAUCCUGCUGAGCAUCUUUACGCUGGCCAUGGGGCUGAUGACGGGGACAAUUGCCAGCAUGUACCGGACCAACGCUGUCCUGAUCGCCAUGCUCAUCACUGCCAUCGUGGCCAUCAUUGUCACCAUCUUCUGCUUCCAGACCAAGGUUGAUUUUACAUCGUGUCCGGGUCUCUUCUGUGUGCUGGGCAUCGUGGUCAUGGUGACCGGCAUCGUCACCGCCAUCGUCCUCUCCUUCAAAUACGUCCCCUGGCUCCACAUGCUGUACGCAGCCAUCGGCGCCAUCGCCUUCACCCUGUUCCUUGCCUAUGACACCCAACUUGUGCUGGGGAACAGGAAGAACACAUUAAGCCCUGAGGAGUACAUCUACGGUGCCCUCACCAUCUACACCGACAUCAUCUACAUCUUCACCUUCAUCCUGCAGAUCGUGGGCCGCGAUUAGCGUGGGACCCCUCCUGUCCCCACC